AAUUAAUAUAGACCCUCACACAAUCCUAUAUAAACCCUACGACCGCAGCCCUUGACUCAGUUCUGGCUCGUCCUUCACGCCACUCUCUCCUAUAUCUCUCUCUCGCUCUCCUCCCCCUUUCCGCCGAUCGUCCUUUCCCCACCGUCGAGUUUUUCCCUAUCCAUCUCCGGGUACGACUUUUUCUCUCUGUUUCUAAUCCUACGCCGCGAUGUUGUGGAUGGUGAUUUUCUGUGUUCCGAUCUAGUCUUAGGUUUUCCUUUUGUAAUUCCUGAAAUGGGUUUUGAUCUGAUUUGAACCUUAUCGAUUUUCCGAUUCAUUUUUAGGGUUCUUCACUUUAUCUAUUGUAGUUUGGUUUCAAGUUGGUCGUCGGGUAGUUCAAUUUUUCUUCUUUUGGUUUGUUUCAAUGUCUCAUUAGCAGGCUUUACGUUGCACACCAGAUGUCUGUUGAUCUCUGCAAGAAGAAUCCAUCUUUUCUUUGGUGUGACUGUGGUUAUAUGAGCAGGGGGAGGUUGUGGUGUUUUCAGAUUAUCCUCUUCAGGCACUGGACUUGACUUGUCUUCAAUUCCUCGACUUCUCUCUCUUUCUUCUUCUCCUCUCUUCUUUCUCGUUUCUCUGUUUUUUUUUUCUGCUUGAUUUGAUCAAAGGGUAUUCGUUUCUGCUGCUCCUGUUUACUGUGAACUUGAAGACUAAGUUUUCUUUGCUAAACUCUCACUUUACUGGUGAAGAGUUUACAGAAGAUUGUUCAAAGUUUUCCCCUUUGGAUUCUUCGCCAAUGGGGAAAACUCAACUCGCUCCUGGAUUUCGUUUCCAUCCGACUGAUGUUGAACUCGUGAGGUAUUACUUGAAGAGGAAAAUACUGGGGAAAAAGCUCCUUGUCGAUGCUAUUGCUGAAGUUGACAUUUACAAGUUUGAACCCCCUGAUUUACCUGAUAUGUCUUUUAUAAGAAGUGGGGAUCUUAAGUGGCACUUCUUCUGCCCCAGGGAAAAGAAGUAUGCUAGUGGGGUAAGGGCAAACCGUGCAACUGAGUGUGGCUACUGGAAGACCACGGGGAAGGAGAGACCAGUUCUGUGCAAUUCUGAGGUUGUGGGAAAGAUCAAAACUCUGGUUUAUCACUUUGGCAAGUCGCCUCGUGGGGAGCGGACUGAUUGGGUUAUGCAUGAAUACAGGCUUGACGACAAAGUACUGACGCAGAUGAAUGUUCCUCAGGAUACUUAUGUGGUGUGUGUUCUGUUCAAGAAAGAUGGUCCUGGACCUAGAAAUGGAGCUCAAUAUGGAGCUCCGUUUAAGGAAGAGGACUGGAGUGAUGAGGAAGUACGUACUGAUGUUCCUUCUACUAGUAAUCCCACAAACCUUCUUGAGCCUAGCAAAGAAACCACUCUGGCUUUGACUGCCCCAGAUGACUCCAAUAAGGAUUGUUUUGGUGGCAUGAUAUCAGAGUCAUGUGUCUCGGAUUUCCUACCAGCUACAACUAAUACCACCAGCGAGCUUCCACAUCCAAGUGAUGCAGCUACCACUCCUAUGUCUACUGCACCUCUGGCAGAGACCGUUCAGACCCCCAACAAUGAUGACUUAUAUUCAAUGUUGGAUCUAUUUGAUGAUGACGAAGAGUUCUUAGGGUUCAACAAUAAUGAGGUAAGAUAUGAUCCCGGUGUCUCAGCUCCAGUUUGCUUAGAAGAAGAAGGCAUUUUCAACGGACUACCAGAGUUGAGCAGCAUGCCAAGGACGGCCUCUUACGACCUAGUUGAAAACUCGGAGUUAUACCUAGAGCUACAAGACCUCACUGCUCCAUUAAAUCCCCAAACUGGGCUACAAGACCUCACUGCUCCAUUUAAUCCUCAAACUGGGCUACAAGACCUCACUGCUCCAUUUAAUCAUCAAACUGGGCUACAAGACCACACUGCUCCAUUUAAUCCUCAAACUGGGCUACAAGACCACACUGCUCCAUUUAAUCAUCAAACUGGGCUACAAGACCUCACUGCUCCAUUUAAUCCUCAAACUGGGCUACAAGACCUCACUGCUCCAUUUAAUCCUCAAACUGGGCUACAUGACCUCACUUCUCCAUUUAAUCCUCAAACUGGGCUACAAGACCUCACUGCUCCAUUAAAUCCUCAAACUGGGAAUCGCAAUGACCCGAGAAGCUCCUCCUUUCUGUAUAAUCAAGGCCAUUUUGACUUCUCUGGUGGUAAUGAUGAUGAUCCUUAUGGCUUUUCUGCUUCCAUGAGACAUAGACCAAAAAUGUAAAAAAAGAAGAAGAGAAGAGAAGCAGGAUUUACAAAUCCAACAGAUGCAAAUCAGACCGAAUAGAAGGAGGAGCAAGCACCUUUGUUUCUUGUCUUUGAAUUAUGAUUUUUAUUAGUCAAAAUCUUUUUAAUGUGUCGAAACUUCCCUAUCAACAUUCUCUGUUUCAUCCUUAGAAUCUCGUAUUUCUUCAGAGUAUUCUCAACAUUUAUUCUUGUUUCUAUUUUGCUAUGGAUUAUUGUAUAUAUACUUCUUCUGUCUAAAUCAUAUCAUUAAUACUAAAAGGAA